AUGGCUGUGAGUUUGACUCUCAUAAAGAGAGCCUCUCUGCUUCCUCUUCCCGCCAAAUUCCGAACUUUGGCUCCUCCCCCAUUCCCAUUCCACUUUCCUCUCCCGUUCUCCUUCAUCUCCCCCAAUCACUAUUCCUCCUCCCCUCUCAGCCUAGACUCCUACUUCUCCGACAACCACACCCUCCAUUUCGGCUACGAUUCCGAGUCCUCCUUCGCCUCUUUUAUCGAUAGCUCCACCCGCAGGACCCACCUCACUCAAAUCCACGCCCAGUUGCUCGUACUGGGUUUCCAAGCCAGCGCCUUUCUAAUCACCAAAUUAGUUAAUUGCAGCUCGAAUCUCGGCCACAUUUCCUAUGCCCGCCAGGUGUUCGACGAAUUUACUGACCCGGGUGUGUUCUUAUGGAACGCAAUCAUUCGGGGUUAUUCGAAGCACAAUGCGUAUGCUGAUGCUGUACAAAUGUAUUGUGGGAUGCAGGAGAUGGGUGUGGGUCCGGAUGGUUUCACUUUCCCUCAUGUGCUCAAAGCCUGCGGCGGGUUGGGGGCGGUUGAGAUAGGUCGAAGGGUUCAUGGACAGGUGUUUCGACAUGGGUUUGAGUCCAAUGUGGUUGUGCAGAAUAGUUUGGUGGCGUUUUAUGCCAAAUGUGGGAGGGUGGAUCGCGCUAGGAUUGUGUUUGAUGGGUUGGGUGAGAGGUCGAUUGUUUCGUGGACUUCCAUCAUUUCAGGGUAUGCGCAGAAUGGGGAGUGUUUGGAAGCUUUGAGGAUUUUUGGUUUGAUGAGGAAGGUGAAUGUGAAACCUGAUUGGAUUGUUUUGGUUAGUGUACUGAAAGCGUAUACGGAUGUGGAGGACUUGGGACAGGGGAGAUCUGUUCAUGGUUGUUUGGUUAAAAUGGGUCUUGAGUUUGAGCCUGACUUGGUCAUUUCGCUCACGGCCAUGUAUGCGAAAAGUGGGCAGGUGAUGGUUGCCAGAUCAUUAUUUGAUAAGAUGGAAAGACCGAAUGUGAUAAUGUGGAAUGCUAUGAUUUCUGGGUAUGCCAAGAAUGGUCAUGCUGAGAAAGCUGUGGAGCUAUUCCGUGAGAUGAUCUCUAGAAGCAUUAGAAUUGAUUCAAUUACUCUGAGGUCUGCUAUUGUAGCAUGCGCUCAGGUCGGUUCUCUUGAAUUAGCAAAAUGGAUGGAUGGCUAUGUCUGCAAAAGUGAGUAUAGAAAUCAUGUUUUUGUUAAUACAUCCCUAAUUGAUAUGUAUGCAAAAUGUGGAAGUGUAGAUUCUGCUCGCAUGGUCUUUGAUAGAACACCUAAUAAAGAUGUUGUCGUCUGGAGUGCAAUGAUUGUGGGCUAUGGAUUGCAUGGUCGAGGACGAGAAGCUAUUGAUGUUUACCAUUCUAUGCAGCAUGCUGGGGUGGUACCAAAUGAUGUUACCUUUCUUGGACUCCUUACUGCAUGCAACCAUUCAGGCCUUGUACAUGAGGGAUGGGAGCUUUUCCAUCGCAUGAGAGACUAUGGGAUUGAGCCUGGAAACCAUCACUAUUCUUGUGUGGUUGAUCUUCUGGGACGUGCAGGCCAGCUGGAACAGGCUUAUGAUUUUAUAAAGAAGAUGCCUAUUGAACCUGGUACAAGUGUAUGGGGAGCACUCCUUAGUUCGUGCAAGAUUCAUCGCAAUGUGACUUUGGGACAAUAUGCUGCAGAAAAGCUUUUGUCAUUAGAUCCAUAUGAGAUAGGGCAUUAUGUGCAACUGUCGAAUCUCUUUGCUUCAGCCAGAUUAUGGGAUCGUGUUGCACAGGUGCGAGUACUGAUGAGGGAGAAAGGACUGAUCAAGGGCAUUGGCCAUAGUUUGAUUGAGAUUAAUGGUAAACUACAAGCAUUUCAUGUAGGAGACAAGUCGCAUCCAAGGUCUGAGGAAAUUUAUGAAGAGCUUGAGAGUCUAGAGAGGAGGUUGAAGGAGGCUGGAUUUGUUCCUCAUACAGAAUCCGUCCUGCAUGACUUAAAUUAUGAAGAGACAGAGGAGACACUUUGCAAUCAUAGUGAGAGGCUGGCAAUUGUGUAUGGCCUCAUCAGUACUGCUCCUGGAACCACUCUAAGAAUAACUAAAAACAUACGCGCAUGUGUGAAUUGUCAUGCAGCAACCAAGCUAAUAUCUAAGCUUGUCAACAGGGAGAUAGUUGUCAGGGAUGCAAAGCGUUUCCAUCAUUUCAAGGAUGGAUUUUGUUCCUGUGGAGACUAUUGGUGAAAGAGAAAAGCCAGCACUAAAUUUUCUUUGCUAUACAUUGAAUGCUGUGAAGAAAGGUGCAGUAGAGUACAUAAAGCAGCAGUACCUGUUGUUACAGAUCUGAGACAGAUGUAUUGCCAGGCUGAAGCUGGUGCCAUUGUCACCUUGCUUUCCAGGCUAGGUGACCCUUUGUGAGCAUGAAUGAAUGUCAAAGAAGAAAAUUUGGAUACUUGUCAAUUUAGAGAUGGGUGAACCAAUGGUUAUGUUGAUAAAGGUACACUGGCAACCCAGCAAAAUCUGUACUAUAGAGCAGGAUGUUUCUCAAAGUUAUUUCAUGUCUCAUCUGAGGUGGUGGAGCGGAUAUUUGCCAAAGAUGACAAAAGUGAGGGACCAAUUUGUUCGAUGUGAUGAAUUA